AUGACAACGUUUACAGCACUUUUGUGUGCAGCGCAAUCUGCUGAACUUGCUUCUCCUGGUACGAAAGUCCAUCAAAAUGAUGCUAUUGUGGUCCCCGAUGCAUUGGCGACGAAACGCCGACUACGCAAUCGUGUCUCGUGUCGUAAAACACGCCUUAAGCGUAAACUGUACCAGCAUUCACUUGAAGUUUUAGCUCGUGAACGGCACAAACGCCAUAAAUAUCUCACACAAUUGUACCUCUGUCUUGGCUCUCAUCCAGACCGAGACAAUGCUCUGUUCCGUGAAUUCGCGACAACAAGCUUACACUAUGCAUUGGUUGAUGCCCAAUAUACCAAGUGGCUUGACGCUGGCAAGGAUCAAGUGACGUUGCCUUGCAGAUCGACGGUUGAGUGUGACGACGACGAAUAUGACCAUUUGCCAACGAGAAAAUGCAAACGCACACGACGUGUCCAUGACAACGAUGUCUCGACUGCACCUGGAAAUAAUUCUCGAGCUUUGCAAACUUCAUUGGUCGAACAAUGGCGACUGAUUGUCGACGGACUGCAGAAUAUUGACUUGCAACUGCACCGAAUGGACGAGCAUGAGAUUGCAACUGGUAUCGUUGACCGACACUGUUACUGGAAAUUUGUCGGUGUUAGCUCAGCCAAAAUGAAACGAUUUGGUGAGAUUGCUGCUGUUGCAGUCUCCGGCAUUACUCGUGUGAGGUUUCAUAAUCAUCAUGUGGAAGAAGUCAACAUCAGCAACGUUCGACGAGAAGAUAAUGUCCCCUUUGAUUGCAAUAUCAGCUGCAAUAACACCAACGAAGCGUGCUGA